AUGUUCGAGACCAGUAGUGACGACUUGUUCCUGCCUUCCUGCCAAGAUGAGGAGCUGGUUGACAACCUGCUGUCCACUGAGGAUUUGGAUGGCGAUAGCAGUGGUGUAGGAGGAUGCAGCCUCUCCCUGGCUAAGGCCCUCCUUCCCCUGGUAGAGUCCUCCUCCCCUCCCCUCAUCCCCUGGGUCUGCUCCACCCGCUACAAGACGGAGCUCUGCACCAGCUACUCCGCUACUGGGUUCUGCAAGUACGCAGAGCGCUGCCAGUUCGCCCACGGCCUCAACGAGCUCCACGUUCCCUUCCGCCACCCAAAGUACAAGACGGAGUUGUGUCGUAGCUAUCACACGACUGGCUACUGUUACUAUGGCAGCCGCUGCCUGUUUGUCCACAGCCCCACUGAGCAGCGGCCUGCCCUACGCCGCCGCAGGAACAUCCCCUGCCGCACCUUCCGCUCCUUUGGCGUUUGUCCCUUUGGUACUCGCUGUAACUUCCUGCACGUCGAGGGUGGAGACAUUAACGGCAGUCUGGAGUCUCCCGACGUUGGCGAGGAAAAGACUCCAUCCAAUCUCAGCCACCAGCUCCAACCACAGACCAAGGAGUGGAGGCCUCGAGGAGCUCUGUGCCGCACCUUCAGCUCCUUCGGGUUUUGCCUUUACGGCACACGCUGUCGCUUCCAGCACGGCCUCCCCAGCAAGAUCAAAACGCCAGACCAGCAUCAAGGAAGAGCCCUCCGCCCUCAGCCAUCUCUCAGCAGUUCAGGUUUACCUUCCCCCACCUCCCCCUUCACCUCAACCUCGUCGAACUCUUCAACCUCCUCCUCUCCUCCAUCUACCUCUCCUCUGGCCACCCCGCCUGCAGAGGUCACGGCCCACAAUGCCUUCACCUUCUCCAGCCAGCACCUGAGUGACCUGCUGCUGCCGCUGGCCCUCCACCUGCAGCAGCUGGAGAGCAGCAAGGCCCAGGAGAUCUGGGACAACAGGGCGGUCUAA